UGCAGAUAGACGGCGGCAAUUGCAUUCCUGUUUCUAUUCGUUGAGCGCCAUAUGGAAGGCCAAGAAGCUUCUGCAGUCGGUACUCUGCUUCUCCUUGUCUCUUCUCUCCGAUUCUUCUUAACGAGACUCUUUUUUGAAACGAUCGGUAGUAGUGGGGGAAGCGGAUUGAGAGAUAGUGUGUGAGUGAGUUGACUGAAAUGCUGAAGCAGAGGGGAAUCGGAGGCGCAGAGAAACGGGUCUCAUCGAAGUGGAUCAUUUUGCUUUGUCUUGCGAGCUUCGGGCUCGGAAUGCUGUUCACGGACAGGCUCUGGCCCAUUGCAGAUUCGAACAGGAAGAUCUUCAGGCAGCGGCUGAAGGAACAGGAGCUUCGCGUCCUCUCCGAAGAUUGCGCAACUGAAACUAAGAAACUUGGCCACCAGCAUGAUGUGAUGGGAGAGGUAACGAAGACUCAUGAAGCCAUACAAUCUCUGGAUAAGGCCAUAACAACGCUUGAAAUGGAGUUGGCUGCAACAAGAAGCUCUCAUGAGCUUUUGGGUCUGGAGGGUUCUCCUACCGUUAGAAAAUCCAAUGAGGCAAAAAAGAAGGCGUUCAUUGUUAUUGGGAUCAAUACUGCAUUUAGCAGUAGGAAGAGGCGUGAUUCCAUCAGAGGGACUUGGAUGCCUCAAGGUGAAAAGCUUCAACAACUAGAACGCGAAAAUGGGAUUGUGAUCCGCUUUAUGAUUGGCCACAGUGCUAUCUCAGACAGCAUUCUAGAUAGGGCAAUUGAUUCAGAAGAAGAAGAACAUAAUGACUUUCUUAGGCUGGAUCAUAUUGAAGGAUAUCAUGAAUUAUCUGCGAAGACGAAGAUAUUUUUUUCUACAGCAGUUGCUCAAUGGGAUGCUGAAUUUUUUGUCAAGGUGGAUGAUGAUAUCCAUGUUAACUUGGGUACGCUUGCUGCAACACUAGCACGCCAUAGGUCCAAACCAAGGCUCUAUAUUGGGUGCAUGAAGUCUGGUCCAGUUUUGUCAAAUAACAACGUGAAGUAUCAUGAGCCUGAGCAUUGGAAGUUUGGAGAAGAAGGGAACAAAUAUUUUCGCCAUGCAACUGGUCAGAUCUAUGCCAUCUCAAAAGAUCUGGCAACAUUCAUAUCUAUCAACCAACCUAUACUGCAUAAGUAUGCAAAUGAGGACGUGUCUCUUGGUUCUUGGUUUAUUGGGCUGGAAGUUGAGCACAUUGACGACAGGAACAUGUGCUGUGGAACACCACCAGAUUGUGAAUGGAAAGCCCAGGCAGGAAAUGUCUGUAUUGCAUCGUUUGACUGGAGUUGCAGUGGAAUUUGCAAGUCAGUGGAGAGGAUAAAGGAUGUUCAUAAACGUUGUGGGGAAGCACUUGGAUCUGUAUGGAAUCAUCCCUUUUAAGUUCAUUCCAGAUUAGUGCAGCAUAUUUGGCCCAGUAGUUGAGACUUUUGUCACCAUACUAUCUCUUGCGUGAGUUAAAAAAACCAAAAAAUAAAAGAAAAAUUCAAUCCAGACUUUUAAUUUUGUGGAAGCUCCUAGUUACAUGGACAUUGUGAUUGUAGCAGAACUAAGGAAGGAAUGCAUGGUUGAUGCAUAAUACAUGGACCUGAUUGGUGUUGAUUUUUUUGAAUGGUGGUGCAGUUUUGGAGAAUUGAAAAUAUUGCAACGAAUUUGAAAGGAUCCUCAAUCGAGAUCAUUUUCAGUCUAAAGAGGCUGGCAUCUUUUACUUCUGUUCCGAGCACAGAUUUUGCAUCAUGAA